AAAUAACUACCGGUAUAAAUCUAAAAAUCAUAUCAAGUAUUUAGUUAGUGUAAUAUUUCGUAAAAACAAUGGAGUCCCCAGUGGUUACCGUAACAGAAGGUCAGCUAAGAGGUUAUCGCAGGAAAAAUUUAGAUGGAAAAGAGUUCUAUGCAUUUUUAGGAGUUCCUUAUGCUAAACCACCUGUUGGGAAGUUGCGAUUCCAGGCACCGGAACCUGUUGAAGAAUGGAAUGGUAUUAGAGAUGCCACAAAAGAUGGACAGCCUAGCUACCAAUGGGAUGACAUUAACAAUAAAAUUAUUGGUUCUGAAGACUGUCUACACCUAGGUAUCCACACAAAAAAACUUCCAUCUGAAGACUCUUUUCUUAGACCAGUAAUGGUGUGGAUACAUGGUGGAGGAUUCGCCUUUGGUUCAAACAGUUCGACUGAAAGUGGACCCGAAUACCUGAUGCUUGAAGACAUAGUAUUGGUAUCUGUUAAUUAUCGUCUAGGAUUCUUAGGUUGUCUGCAUUUUGAAGAUACAUCCUUGAAGGUGCCCGGCAACGCAUCACUGAAAGACCAAUUGUUAGCUUUGAGAUGGGUUCAAAAGAAUAUUCAUAAUUUUAACGGUGAUCCUAACAAUGUCACAAUUUUUGGGGAAAGCGCUGGAGGUGCUAGUGUUCAUUAUCAUAUGCUAAAUCCGUCAUCCAAAGGCAUGUUUCAUAAAGCCAUUCUACAAAGCGGUUGCACCUUUUGUCCUUGGGCGAGAGUGACGGAACAAAACGUUGGCCUUAAAUUCGCCCAAAUUGUUGAUCAAAACAUUCAAAAUGAAAAAGGAGCACUAGAGAUAUUACGAAGUUUGACCGCUACAGAACUACUUGAGGCACAACGAAAGUUUAUUGCAAAAUAUGGAAGACAACUUAAAAUAGCUCCUAAAAUAGAAAAGCCCAACGAAUCAGCUUUUAUAACAUCUUUAUCCCAAGAUCUAAUAGUUAAGGGUCAGUAUAACAAGGUUCCAUUAAUGAUCGGUUAUAAUACUAUGGAGGGAAUAUUAUAUGGAAUCUAUCAACAAAGAGAAACAAAACAAGGACUAAAACCAGAUUAUUUCAAUCUCGACAAGUACGUACACCCACAUAUGGCGAUAGGAAAUAAUGACCCUAAGAGGGAGUUGAUUAAAGAGAAGCUCAGGAAGUUUUACUUUACGGGAAACACAGUUGAAAUGGCAAAUUAUCUGGUGGCCACCGAUGGUACCUAUACAGCCCCAAUAGUUGGAACUGCUAAACUUCAUGCGAAAAUUCAAACCGAACCUGUUUAUUUAUAUAGUAUGAGUCUGGAUGCUGGACUAAAUUUCCUGAAACGUUCCAACGGUUUCUCUAAUAUACCAGGUGCUUGCCACGCUGAUGAUCUAGGAUAUUUGUUCCAAAUACCGCUUACGAUCCCAAACAUAUACAGAGGAGAAACGGAACUUAAAGCAAUUAGAAGAUUUGUUAAAUUAUGGACUAAUUUUGCCAAAUUCGGCAACCCAACUCCUCAAGGAAACGAUUUAAAUAUAACCUGGAAUCCACUUAACCAAGAAGAAGUAAAUUACUUAGAUAUUGGAGAAGAACUAACGAUGAAGAGCAAUCCCGAGCCGGAAAGGUUAAAAUUAUGGAAGGAAAUAUUUCAGCUUAGUCCAUAUACUGAGUAUUACCUACAAUAAAGUAGAUAUAAGUUAAAACAUUGGAUAACCAUAUUAGGAAAUCUUAUAAAUACUUAAUAUAAUUAUUUAAAAAUAAAAUA